CUCCCGCAAUAUGCCUCCGCUGCCCCCGGGCUGCUCGCCAUGCCGGGCACCUGCGGGCGCCUCUCCGCGCUGCUCCCGGGGCUGGCGGCCGCUCUGCUGCCGAUGCUGGUGAUGCUGAUGAUGGGGCGGCCGCCCCCCGCCGCCUCCGCCGCCGCCACCCGCCCGCAGCAGCAGCAGCGAGCGGCGCUGCCCGGGGGCGCCCCCGCCGCGGCAUCAGGAUCUGUUUUCACCCUGAAAGUUCAAGUAAAUGACAUCAUCAGCCACCAGUACCUGCCACAAGCGGUGGUAGAGGUGUUUGUUAACUACACCCUGACAAAUUCUACUCUUACUGGGAGCAAUGGAGCAGUGUUGGUAAAAGUCCCCUACAAAUUAGGAUUAAGCUUAACUAUUGUCUCAUACAAGGAUGGCUACCUGCUGACACCUUUGCCUUGGAAGACUGCGAGAAUGCCAAUAUACUCGUCCGUGACGCUCUCAUUAUUCCCACAAAGUCAAGCUAAUAUAUGGCUGUUUGAAGAUACUGUCUUAAUUACUGGAAAACUGUCUGAUGCCAAAUCUCAACCGAGUGUUCAGUUUCCAAAAUCUUUAAUGAAGCUUCCAACAAAUCAUAUUGCAAAUGUUACAGCCUAUCUGACAGUACCAGAGCAAUUUUUGAAAGUGGACAGCUUUCUCUAUACAACAGGAAUUAUUCUAAAUAAAUCAGGUUUCAAAAGCAUGGAAUUAACUCCUCUUGCUGCCAUAUGUGUAAAUGUUCUUUUGGCUGGGAAAGAACUGAAUAUAAAGGGUCCCAUUCAGGUUUCACUUCCUCUUCCCACAACUACUGUAAGAUCAGGAGAUGCUGUACCUGCCUGGACAUUUGAUAUGAAAAUUGGUGCUUGGGUAAACCGUGGGCUAGGAAUAGUGAAGGAAGUGGAUGGCCAGUUGGUAUGGACAUACACUGCUCAGCACUUGGGCUACUGGAUUGCAGCUCCACUGCCUGGAGCAAGAGAAUCCAUUAUUAGUGCUGUUUCCAAGGACAUAACAGCCUAUCACACUGUGUUCCUUACGGCCAUACUGGGAGGAACUGUUGUCAUUAUCAUUGGAUUUUUUGCUGUUCUUCUUUGUUACUGCAGGGAUAAAUGUCGUCGGACACAGAAGAAGGAGAAAAACUCAACCAAGCUGGAGGUCAUAAAAAAAGACCAGACAACCUCAACAACUCACAUAAAUCACAUCAGUGCUGUCAAAGGGUCUUUAAAGCUGGAGGAUAACUCACAGUUAUAUACACCGAAGAUUUCUUCAUACAGCCCUCAAAGGAGGCUGUCCAUAGACACAGAAGAUGGAAAAUCACAAGACAAUUUUAAAAUCUACUCAGAGGAUGCUUCUUAUCAGUCAUCCUGUCAGAUUGGUCAGGCAGGAAAUUCAGCCCAUUCAGUGGAGCCUAGUGCUGGAGUGAGGCUUUUACAGCAGCCAAAGCACAGUAACAGUACUAUUUCCCAGGCUCCUAGGGACAUUCCAGACCAAAACAGGUACCUUUCACUGAAAGAGGAGAUGUAUGGGCUUUCCCAUAUCCCAGAACAUCUAAUGCAUAUUUACAAUCAGCCUAUAGCUAUUCUUCAAACCUCAGACCUUUUCCACUCCCCAGAGCCACUGCAUCCUGCUAAAUCAGCAACUUUGCCAAGGAAAGGGCAGCUGGUGUAUGGCCCCAUGAUGGAACCCAUGAAUCGUGACAGUUACAUGCAAACACUCCCCAAAAUGCCAGUGCACUCUCAUCCCCAGCCUUCUGCCUGCAGAGAUGAGAACAGUGCCCUGGAUGGUGAAGAGGGCUUGCCUUCCCAAGCAUCCAACUGGGGCCGGUACACCAACAGCUUACUGGAAUCUGUCUCUGUUCCUGGGACACUGAAUGAAGCAGUUGUAAUGACUCCGUUUUCAUCCGAACUUCAAGGGAUUUCAGAGCAAACAUUGCUGGAGCUCUCUAAAGGAAAACCAUCUCCGCAUCCUCGAGCAUGGUUUGUGUCCCUGGAUGGGAAGCCAAUUGCUCAAGUGAGGCAUUCUUUCAUAGAUCUGAAAAAGGGCAAAAAAACUGAGAGUAAUGAUACCAGCCUGGACUCUGGUGUGGAUAUGAAUGAGCACCAUCCUAACAGGAAACUGGAGAGAGAGAAGACUUUCAUUAAAAGUAUGCCACAUUCUAAGAUUCUUUACUUGGAAGAUCUGGAUCUGAGUGGCAGUGAAAGCGGGACCACUGUUUGCACUCCAGAGGACCAGGCUGUGAGACACAUUAUGGAAGGAGGGAAUGGGCCAGUCCUAGAACAACAUAACGAGGAAGGUCUAAGGAAAAAAUCUCUACCAGGAAGUCAUGAAUCUGGUAUCCCUUCUGCUAAAAAAAGGGAUAGACCACCUCUCAUGAAAAGAGAUAGUAAAACCAAUAUCUGGAAGAAAAGAGAGGAGAGGCCGCUUAUUCCUAUAAAUUAAAACAAUGUGCUUUGUGCUCUUGCUCUCCCUGCUGGUUGUUGACCUCUUGCCUGCUUCUGUAAUUCUGCAGUGUUGGGUUUACAAGGGAAAUGUUGUUUUCUAGUAUCAAGAAAAGUUUCAUUUUUUAACAUACAGAUUGAGUUACCAAACUUCAGCUGGGCAAUUAAUAUUCCAUGUGAAUUGAAAACAGGGAAAUGCUACUAUUAAACUUUUCCAGUUCCUAAUUUUACUGGCCGUAUGAGGAAGGCCCACAUUUUACUUAGCCUGUCAUUCUUGGACACACUUUUGGGAAUGCACAGUGAGAAAUGUAGGCACGUGAUUUAAUUUUUUUGUACUUGUUGCUAAUGCAAUGGUAGCCUAGUUAAAGCCAUUCCUAGCCUUGUUCCUAAUCAACGUGACCAUCUGUACAGUAUUUUAUAUGUGAACUUUUCUAGCUAUCUGUUACUUCUUCCUUGUAUAAUGUGAAAUGUUUCAUCCGUUGGUCCCACGACACCAGCAGAUGAGCUCUGCUGGAUUUAUCAGCAGAGCUCUAUAGCAUUACUGCCCUCCCUGUGUGUCCAUCCAUGUGCAAUUCCAUACAACACUGGGGGAAAAGGAAGUGUACAAGUGUGGCCACUGCAGUUCAUGGUCUCCACUAUCUUCAAGUGUUGCCCAUCUGCUUUGUUUAAAUCUGCUUUAUUAUGGCCCGUGGAUGUUGAACACUGUCAUGGGCUAUGAGGGGUCCAUGUCCAGCAGAAAAGGACUGAUUCUGGUAGCAUUUGGAGCUGCAGCCACUCCUGAUCUCAGUGUCUUGUUUUGGCUUCUUUGUCAGUGAACAUCUUCUCUUCUGUAUGCUGUUGGGCCAGCUGUGCUCCAGAAUGUAGCCUUGAAUCUCUGCCUGUUUCUAAGUGAGAGUUUGGCCCAUGAUGAAGUGUGCAAGAUUAGACAAAUUAUGCCUUGGAAAGAGUUUCUUGAGCAGGAAAGCUCAGCACCAUUCCUUUUUGUUUUAUGUUUAAAACAAUGGGAGAUCAUUUGAGGUUUAUGUGCCUACAUUUUGCCAGCCUGAGCUGCUUUUGUCUAGCUUUGCAGAGGGGUUAAACAGGCUUUAAAAGUUGGGGGGGAGGGUUAUGAGCAUGAGACAGCAGAUUGCAAAAAUUUGGUCUAUAAUGCAAUAUAAAUACUAUUUAUGACUCAUCUUAGAGUUAAAUUUACCAAAAGUCAUGAAUGCAUGAAUUGUAACUAAGAUAUGUAUAGAGGAAGGAAAGGCCAUCAGAAUAUUCUUUAAUUUUAAUGUUCAUCUUGUCAAAAUGAUCAUUUCAACUUUGGCUAACAGAAAAAUGGAUGCAUCUCUUGAUGUGCUUCAUAUAGUAAACAGAAUGUAUUUCUGUGGCUUUGAGGCUGUUUCCCUGAUGAAAUAAGUUCCAGCAUUUUGGCUUUGGCAGUUUGAUUAUAAAUCAUCCUAAAAAGGCUUUAUAAAUAUUUCCCUUAGAGCUUGGUUAAGGGUCUGUACCAAGACCCAAACACACAUGUCUGUAUUUGAAUUGUGAUGUGAAUAGACCUUGGUUGUCUGCCCUGUAGUACACUCAAGAGUUGGGAACUAUCCUAUGCAGCUGGGCUUCUGGGAAUAUUUGCUCAGGAAAUAUUACUGUGAAAUAUGUCUGUUGUGUUGGGAUUGUCAGUUGUCUGGUGCUGUUUCUAGAAGAAUAUGGAAGGUAACCAGGAUGGUACCAGCAAUGCAUCAGUCCAAAGUGAGCAUUUGCUUCAUGAACAAAAUUCCCCUAUUGAGUUCACAAGUAUGAAAGUGCAAAUUAAGUUUGAGAUAGGUGUGUGUGUUGACCUUGGCUGGAUGUCAGGUGCCCAUCAAUCUGCUCUAUUGCUCCCCUUUCCCAGCUGGACAGGGGAGAGAAAUUAAGAUGGAAGACAACUCCUGGAUUGAGAUGAAGCAGUUUCCUAAGGCAAAAGCAGAAGUUUUCGUGUGCACAAAGAGGGAAAAAAAAUAGGUUUGUUCUCUACUUCUCAUCAGCAAGCAAUGUUAAGGCUGCUUCUUGGAAAGCAGGGCUUCAACACUUGUAGUGGUUGCUCCAGAAGGCAAACCUUGUAAGUAACAAAUGCCCCCACUUCCUCCUCCUUUCCUUAGCUUUUAUAUCUGAGCUGAUAUCAUAUGGUAUGGAAUAUCCCUUUGGUUAAUUUGGGUCAGCUGGCUUAGUUGUGUCCCCUGCCAGGAUCUUGCCCACCCCCAGCCUGCUGGUUGGCAGGGAAUGUUGGGAGUCAGCACUAAUGCUGUGCCAGCCCUGCCCAGCAGUAGCCAAAACACUGGUGUGUUACCAACACCUUUCCAGCUCCCAGUACAAGGCACAGCACUGGGAAGGCUGCUAUGGGGAAUGAACUCCAGCUCAGCCACACCCAAUAUCUGUGGGCAUCACCAUCACAGGUGGGAAUAUCAGCACCUGUGCCUGGAUCACCUCCUUCCCCUCCUUCAGCACUGACCUUAGUGUCUGCAGAGUUGUUCCUCUCACAUGUUCUCACCCUGCUCUUUUCUGGCCACAAUUACAUCUGCACAAUAACUUCUUUUCCUUUUCAAAUGUAUUAUCACAGGGGUGUCACCAUCACUUCUGACUGGCCCAGCCUUGGUCAGCAGCAGCUCUGUCUGGGAGCUGCUGGCAUUGGCUCUGCUGGACAUCAGGGAAGCUUCUGGCAGCUUCUCACCCCUGUAGACCCCCCUACACUAUCAAAACCUGGCCACCCAAACCUAAAACACAUGGUGAAGCAACUGUCCCCCUGCAACCCACGGAGUGCAGAUAAUCCACCUGCAGCCUGUGGAGGAUGCCUGAAGGAGGCUCUGAACCCAUGGGAAAGCUGUGCUGCAGCAAACUCCUGGCAGGACCUGUGGAGACAGGAGGUUUCCUGGUAGUACCUGUGGGGGACUCAUGCUGGAGGCAGGCUGUGCCUGAAGGACUGCACCCUGUGGAAGAGUGAGCCACGAUGGAGCAGUUUGUGGAGAACUGUUGCCCUUGAAAAGGACUCAAGCUGGAGAAGUUCAUGGAGAGCAGCCUCCUGUGGGAGGAACCCUGUGCUGGAGCAGGGGAGGGACUUCUGUCCUUGAGCAGCAGCAGAAACCACACGUGGUGGAAGUGACCCAUUCCUGUCUCAGAAACCACACGUGGUGGAACUGACCCUGUCUCCCUGUGUCACUGCAGAAAUAGGGAGGGGUGGGGGGGGAAGGUGUUUCUAAGAUUUAUUUCACUUGUCAUUAUCCUGCUCUGUAAUAAAUUCAGUUAAUAUCCCCAAGGUGAGUGAGUCUGUUUUGCCCAUGACAGUAUUCAGUGAGUGAUCUCUCCUUACCUCAAUUCAGGAACCUUUCAUUGGAUUUUCUCUCCUCUGUCCACUUUGUGCAAAGGAUUGGUAAGAGUGGCUUUGGUGGGUGCCUGGCAUCUGGCCAGGGCCAAACCACUGCAGUGUGCAAAUAAGUCUGUAAUUAAAUUGGCCUAAAGAACCUAAAAGAGGUUUAAUUAUGAUUCAUCUAUUUCAGGUGUGAAGAUGGCUUGUCAUAUUAGCAUGCCUUUGGUUCUCUUUCUAGGUUACAGGAAUUUUGUUCAAUACCAAAUACAUUUUCACAAAAACUUUUUUUUUUUUUAAAUGUACAGUUGUAAUGGAUAUUUAAAUGUGACUUUCUAGGCCCAGAUAUUGAUCAUGUCAUCCUUGUCUUUGUUGUAUACAUUAGUAGGAAUCAAUUUGUAUAUGCACAUUUCUUAGGAAAGCUGCCCUUGAGGUUCAAUAUUGCCCUGUUUGCAGAGUAGCAUUGGUUCUGAUAGCUCCCUUUUCAAAAAGAGAUUAUUAUGCAUUCUGUUGAACAUAAUAGAAAAUCCCUGACAAGCUAAUGGUUUUCAGGAAUUCAUAUUAAGUUCAUAUGUCUUUACUUGAAAUUUUGGUCACUUAGAGUAAUAUUUCAGAUUUUUAAAAUGCAUUUUUCAUUGUAUAUACUAAAAAGACCUAAUUUCUCAAACUUACUUGUAUCAUCAAAAAAUACAGACAACUAUAAAUGGCUUUAUUUAUGAGAGUUCAAAGAAAACAAGUUUGGCACUCCGUUGUUCUUGUUCUCUGACAGUAGGUAUCAGGUUGUCAAAAAAAAGGAUUAGAAAUACAACUCUAAAAUUAUUAUGAUUAUGAUUUAUAUUCAUACAGAAUAUUUCAAAAUAUAUUAUCUCAGUCUUCACAUUCCAGCUGUAUGUUGGAAUUUAUGCACUGGAAAAACCUGUAUUGCCUGCUAGAGAUUAGAAUUCUUUUUGGUUUUGUAUCAUUAAAAAAAGGAGCUUGACUAUGUUGAGCUCCAAAAAUUUUAAUUCCACAAAACAUUCUAUGUGAUGUGUAAUGUGUGGAGAAGACAGAAUGUCACAGUGAAGUGUCACAAACUAAUGUUUUUCUAUAUAUCUCUAUAUGAUUUCAACAUAUGAAUUUUUAGGAAUUACUGAAUUUAUUUCUUAAGAUUUUUUUUUUCCUGUUGGCCUUUUGUGACACUAACGGACUGUUAAAAUGCUGGUGCCAGAAUUAGGCCUAGACAAAAAUCAGCAAGGAUUUGUCGCACACGACUCUUGGAAAGGCUGGGGAAACAUGCAGAGGUUUUCACUUCUUGGAAUCUGGAGGUUGCUUACCUUGAGAAUAAGAAGGAGGAAAUGUCUGUGAGCCUCUUCUAAGGAGAGUGGAAUGAAUAGGGAAAACUGGAAAGGGUACAGCUUCUUUCUGAUGCUAGUUUGCAAACUGAUACGUGUUUGUGCUUUGGUGGAAUCAAUUCUUUCUGAAGAACACAAAUGCUUGCAAGACUUAUGUCUCAGUUCUUCACAAGGCACUUCUUGAGCUGUCAGCUUUUGCAAGAAAAGCCUUAUUUAUGUACAUACAGUUUUAAGUGCAAGCUCAUUGACAAUAAUUUUUAGAUUGUUACCAAAUGCUAGAUAUUAUAGGUGAAAAAAAAAAAAGGUGGGGGAAUCACUUCAAAAUCACAUUUGAUUAAGAGAAAGAAAGUCCUUAUAGUGCAAUCAGAAAAUAGAGCGCUGGUAUUACAAACCUGAAAGUAAAAAUUACGUGUUGAUUAGGGGCAUUAUUUACCAUCAUAAAGCUAGAGAUGAUGCACCAAAAAUAAUGCAGGAUGUAGGAAUGUUCAGUUGUCUCCUUUGUUUUUAUGCAGUAAUUUGUACCAAAGAGGAUGAAAUGAACGGGCACCAGUAUAAAUUCUUGUUAGUUAAAAAGUGACAAAGUUUCACAACACUACUGCUCAAACACUGUGUAAAUGAAAAGGCAGUGCACUACAUCAGUUGUCUAGUGUUUUACAUUAGGAAAAUCUGGAGAUAAAUUAGCCUGCUGAAGUGCCUUUCUGUUUCAUCAGACUUAUUUUAUCAGUGGGACACCUGACUAUCUGAAAAGCACAUUAUGUUUUUAUUUUCUGUUAGCCAAAACCCCCUGAAUUAUUACAAUUAUAUAGCUUUUAUAAUAUUUUAAGAGGCAGAUCUAGUGCUUUUUAUGUUGGAAUACUGACUUCUGCAUGUUGAUGAUGAUGGUAGUUGUUGUAAAACCUAGUUUUUGUAUUUUAUGUUUGAAAAGAAAUUUUAAAAAUCUAUCUUUAGCAAUCUGAACAGUAGUGUCUUUUAAAAAUGCUCAUACAGGAUCUGCUUCAACUUUGUGCAUCAAGUGCAAGCGUCUUGAAAUCAUUGGAUUUACAGGUAUGAAACUGACUGGGAUAUUAACUUCAAAAAUGAAAUUAACCUAUCUUUAUAUAUAAACACUAUUAUAACGAUAAAAGUCCUUUUUUCAGCUGCUAACUUUGCUUGUCAAUAGCAGCAGAAAUUGUACGGAGAUGGGUACAAUACUUCUUAUUUUCUAGAACCAAUUUUUAUCUCAAUUUGGAGCUUAGCUUGCAUUGUUUUUUAAUCGCUUUUUAAUUUUUUUUAAAUUCAGUGGUUUUAUGAAAACACAGUACUAUGCCUAUGGAGCUAAAGAUGAGUAUUCUUUUAUAGUAAUUUGUACUAAUUUGUGCCACACUUCUAACAGUAGGCAGCUACAUUUGUGUUAAAGAAUUUCUAUGAAAGGUGGUUUAAAUGACUUGAAUCUGAGCUUUGUUUUCUUCUAAAAGCAGUAUUCAUUUUGUUCUGAAAAAAUAAAAAGCUUCAGGUUUUUUUAGGACUGGCAGGGCAAAACUGUCAUUUCUUGUCGUGCUAGCACUCUCAGCCUGAAAACUGUUUUACCAAAUGAAUUUUUUUCAGUCAGUUUUAGGACUUACUGAACAUUCCUAUAUUCCCCCUCCCCAAAGCAUCCUGGUACUUUAUUCCCCAGGUAAUUGAUUUGGUUCCUUUGAAGCACUUGUUGCACUUCAGUCCACGUUAGAACAGUACUAUUUUUACAUGUCACUGUGUAGAAAGGCAGUUUUUAGUGCUCCUCAGAGCAUGUUACUCAUACAAAGCCUGGCUCUGGAUGUUGCAAGGCAGGUGAACUCAUGGCACUGACUGUGCUCACCACCUUGAAUUCUGGAGCCUCUUAUUCAACAAAUGCUUCAUGACCUCAGCAAUUAUUUUCAAAAACACUCUAGUAUGGAUGUUGUUUAUGUAAAACAUUCUUGAUAUUCGGCAUCCUGGUUUUAAGUAUUUCUACCUUUUUAUAUUUUGUCAGAGGUGUCUUUUCAUCUCUGUAUUUACUACAGUAUCAGUGUAUCUGUUGCUGAAAAUGUAACUAAGGUUUGUAAAAUGUUACAGCUUAUGCAAGAUAAUAAAAAUUUGAAAAAGUUA